GAAAAAUGGCUUUGCUUUCAUCUUCUUAUUCUUCUUCUUUCACCACUUUUGCUCUAUUCCUCUUUCUUCUACAAUUAUCUUGCUUCUUCAAUAACCUUAAUGCAAAGCAUAGUGUGGCCAAUAGUCACAACAGGCAUGGCCACCAUCACCACCACAACAACCAGAAUCCCCCAUUGAAUCCGAGGCUUGAUCGCGCCUUUCUUGCGCUGCAAGCAUGGAAGAGUGUCAUCUAUUCCGACCCAAAAAACUUCACUGCCAAUUGGGUAGGUCCUAGAGUUUGCAAUUACACAGGUGUGUAUUGUGCUCCAUCACAAGAUGACCCUAAAGUGACAGUUGUAGCAGGCAUUGACCUUAACCACGGCGACAUAGCCGGCUUCCUACCGGCCGAAUUAGGCCUGCUUUCAGACCUUGCUCUGCUCCAUCUCAACAGCAACCGCUUCUGCGGCAUCCUCCCAAGAACACUAAGCAACCUCAGCCUCCUUCACGAGCUUGAUCUUAGCAACAACAGAUUUGUUGGACCUUUUCCAACGGUUGUUCUUUCCCUUCCUUCCCUCAGAUACCUUGACAUUCGGUUCAACGAAUUCGAAGGCUCAUUGCCUGUUGAUCUCUUUAACAAAACCUUUGAUGCAAUAUUUCUCAAUAACAACCGUCUUAGCAGUUCCAUCCCACGAAGCUUCGGCCGAAUCUCGGCCUCUGUCCUGGUUUUCGCCAACAACAGAUUCGGAGGCUGUCUUCCAGAAAGCAUAGUGAACUUAGCUGAAACACUGGAAGAGCUUGUCAUGAUCAACACCAGUUUACAAGGUUGUUUGCCACAGCAAGUUGGAUUUCUCUACAAAUUAAGAGUAUUUGAUGUUAGUUUCAACAAAAUUGUUGGCCCAAUUCCUUAUAGCCUUGCAGGGCUUUCUCAUUUGGAGCAGCUCAAUUUGGCACACAAUAUGAUGACCGGCAUAGUCCCUAUGGGAGUUUGUGAGCUUCCCAACUUGGCGAAUUUCACAUUUUCUUAUAACUUCUUCUGCGAGGAAGAGGGAAUUUGCCGGAACUUGACAUCUAAAAGAACUGUCUUUGAUGAUCGCCGCAACUGUUUGCCGGAGAAGCCGCUACAGAGGAGCAAGAAGGAGUGCAAUGCUGUAAAUCAGAACCCUGUUGAUUGCAUAAAACUUUGUUGUACCACAGAAGGUGGUUUUGGAAACAAUGUCACAAAUUCUAGCUCAAUGCCAACAAUGCCUAUUUCUGCACCUCCUUUUAUUGCACCAAGCCACCCAUGAUCUGAAUUAGACAAUCACUUAGUACAUUGUUAUUAAUGGUGUGUUAAGUUGUUCAUCUAUGUGUUUAUAUAGUUGUGUCAUAUGCUCAGUUGU